AUGAGCCUACCACAUCGAAGGCGGCGGCGACGAGGAGACCCCCCCCCUGAGGCAUCUGCUGGCACACCCAGCGUGCCGAAGGCGGGUGACAAGGGUGAGAAGCAGCCACCCUCCACUUGUGCGGCUCCUCUCACUGGCACACACACCUCCUACGCGGAGGCCGCCAAGAGAGUCAGAGUUGCGGUACUACCUGAGGACUACCCGCAGGUGUACCUGAGCAACGAAGAGCUUGCCGAGCUGGAGGAGGCCAUAAUGGACGACGUAGUCACGUCUGAAUGGGACUCAGCAGUCGCCUUCAGAGGUAUCCACUUUAGGGUCGGAUACCUCCUGAUAGACUGCUUGGACCAGGACUCGGCGGACUGGCUAAGGGCUGUAACGCCUCAGCUAAGGACUUGGAAGGGCGUGCCCCUUGACACUAGGGUAGGAGAAGACAUUCCUGCGGCAUACAAUGUCACAGUCUUCUGCCCUAGAAGUGCAGAAAGAAGCAAUGAGGAGCUUCUGAUGAUGCUGGGACGCCAGAACAGAAUGGAGGUCGAUUCCUGGAAGGUGAUCUCCCGAAGGAACGACAGAGGCGGGGCACUCCUCGUUAUAGGGAUAGACCAACUCACCCGAGAUGAGAUCGUCUCUAAAGGGCACCAGCUGAACUUUAGAUUCGGGACCGUCUCGGAGGUGGCACAAGAGCCCCUCCUACAAGAUAUCGACGAGAAGGAGGCCGACGUCACCCUGACGGAAGGCAGUGAAGGGGAAUUCCCGCCCCCCUUCACAAAACAUGGAGCACCCGCUCCAGUAAUGGCUGCACACCGCAGCACGCAGCUAGCCCAGGUAGAAUAA